AUGGUCCAAAACUCUGACAACUGUCUCCGUCGUAAACGAUCGUCAACUGCAAGGCGAUCACAAGUGAACGGUGUAAAAGACAAACAUAACAAUAUGAAAGUUGUUGUGCGAGUAAGGCCUGCGAACGAGAUGGAACUCUACAAGCAAUCUUCCACGGCUGUUCGUGUUAUGGACGAAAGAAUGCUGGUUUUUGAUCCAAAAGAAGAGUCUGUAGAUUAUCUGUCCGGCGAUCGACCACGAAGGCAACCACAGUUCCUGACGCGAAGAGCUAGGGAUUUGAGAUUCAUGUUUGAUCGAGUGUUCGAUUACGAGUCCAGUAACAAAGAUGUCUUCGAACACACAACUAAAACGAUCGUAGAUGGAGUUCUUGGUGGCUAUAACUGUUCUGUGUUCGCCUACGGAGCGACAGGGGCAGGAAAAACUUUCACAAUGUUAGGAGAUCAAUCUAACCCUGGAGUAAUGUUUCUAACGAUGAUGGAAUUGUACGGCAGAAUCAACGCUUCGAAGGACGACAAGAUCUCAGACGUAGCUGUCUCGUAUCUUGAGGUACUGUAUGUAAAUGUAUAAUACGUGUUCAACCAAGCCAGAAGGACCAGUUCUUUAAAGGAGAGUCGAAAGUUGUAUACAGCUUUGAUUUGCAACUUCACUGCCGGUAAUACAAACUUAUAAAUGAGUGUGAGACCCUGGCAAGGGGAAGACGUAAUGAGCUCAGGGAUUCUCCCUUUUCACUGACAAGCAGAGAUGAGGGGCUGUGGUUUUCAGGGAAAUGGCCAGGUAACCCCAAUUAUUUUAUUUACCUGACCCCUGCAAUUUCUCAUGUGCCUGCUUUUUCGUUCAUUUCAUCGCAAUGAGGACCCAGCCAUGAAGGCUACACAGGCAUGGGCAGCAUUUUCACUUUAGAGGUUGUGAGGUGCAUAUCCCCCCCCUCCCCUUUGGCUUCACUCUUGUGUGCUGUCCAACAAUUUUUGAGAUUUAGAGGUUGUUAACACAGGCAGGAAAGACAUAUACAUGUACAGCUGUAUGGUACAUGUAUAGUGUAGGAUCCAACUGUAAGUUUGACUGUUGCCACUGCAGGUUUACAAUGAAACGAUCCGAGACCUCUUAAUGCCUGGCAAGCCUCUGGCUGUGAGAGAAGAUCCACAGAGGGGAGUGUGUGUCAGUGGCCUUACACUUCACAAGGUAAGUGGCCUUAUUUGCAUUACAUUUCAUUCCAAAAAGUGAAUUUCUGAUCAGUGUUGUUAAAAAAUACCUAUUUUCAUUUGCAUGUCUCCUUUAAUGUGAUCAUUAAGGUUGAUAUGCAUGCAGUGAAAAGGCCAAGAUACUAGUCCCUCUGAUAUUUCUCACCAAGGGCCAGCCAUAACUGAAUGUUAUAAGUCUCCAAGAUUUGAUCUUUUACCAAAAUAGUGAAACACAUUUGAUGUCCUGGCAGGCCAGGUGCAACAGGCUAUCAACUUUUUCUUUUAGGGACUUUGGAUGAUUAGAACCUUUGUGCACUGACCAAUCCUUCCAUAGCAGAGCCUUUAAAUUUUGGAACGUGUUGGGGGGCCAACUUUUCAUGACCUCAACCCUCAAUCCUCUUAAUUUGAACAAAGUGAGCACAAAUGGACUGGUUCAGAGCAAACUGGUUGCAAGAACAAGUCAAGUAUAUGUAGUCCUCUCCCCUGUGUUUGAAAAUUCAAUAAAUACUAAAUGUUCCUUGUCUUUUCAAGCCAACUUCUGCUGAAGAACUGCUGGGGAUGCUGGAGUUUGGAAACAACAACCGCACCCAACAUCCCACAGAUGCAAAUGCACAAUCUUCAAGAUCCCAUGCUGUUUUCCAGGUAACAAUAUAAUUCAGUGUUAGGAAUGUCAACACAGUGCUGAUUUAAAAGCUGCUAAUUUGCAACCUAGAAUCAUGAUUGCAAUUUUACUUGGUAAGAAAAAAGUAGAAAAUGACAUUUUUGUACAUUUUUUGAUCAUAUCAUUCCAAGCAAAUGUGUAACACCCUCUGACUUUCACCCUUACACCCUAAGAUAAGUAUCCAUAUUCUCCAUACCCUUCUCUAUACAUUUCCUUUGGUACUAACAGGGAGAAUUUGUUUAAGAAUCAAAGAUUCUUAAGGUGGCAAUCAUAAUAUGAGAAUAUCAUAAUAAUGAGAAUAUUUAAUAGUGUAGUUUGAUCGUCCAGGUGAGUGUAGUCCUGAGAAGGACUGUUGUCGGUAGUGGUGACUGACGUUUCGACAACCUGAGUGGAAGUGACCGCUGAUGAUGACUUCCGCUCAGGUUGUCGAAACAUCAGUAACCACUGCUGACAACAGUCCUUCUCAGGACUACACUCACCCGGACAAUCAAACUACACUAUUACAUGUUACCCCCAGGUUAAAACCAUUCACUAAAUGAGAAUAUUCUCAUUAUCGUAAUAAGUGAUUCGGUAGUAUUACUGUAAGGGGAAAUUAAAUGCUGGUCACUAUUAGGGUUUAAAGGGUAAAACCGUUAAUACUGAAUGAUUAUUUAAAAGUUACAGCUUGCUUCAUGACCCCCAAGUGCAGGCUGCCAAUUUGGUAGCUUUUGCUCAAAAUUUAAUCCCCAAAGUUUUUAUAUUAAGCAGAUAAGUGAUUUAAUAAUUAGUAAUAGAUAUAUAGGAUUUACUUGAACUUGGAAGUAUUCAAACAUAUUCUCACAUUGUAUGUGGAAACAUUUUUUCCUAUAUCAUCGUGUUUAUUAGGUGUUUGUUCGACAAAAGGACCGAACUGCAGGAUUGCAAACAAACUUUACCAUGGGAAAAAUGUCCUUGAUUGACUUGGCAGGGUCAGAGAGAGCAAUAGUGACAUCCAACAGAGGUGAACGAUUCCGAGAGGGGGCCAACAUCAACAAAUCCUUACUGGCUCUUGGCAACUGCAUUAAUGCACUUGCUGAUAAAGAGGUAACUCAAAUUACUGUUGCCAUUAACGAGCAGCUAGGAGUAGGCUCCCUUGUGCUCCAAGUUCAUUUUAUCACAAAUUCGCCUUUCAGUAACCUUCAAUUGUGAAAUGUUUGCCUCAAAAAAAUUUUGGUCAUAGUAUGAAAUGAAGUUUAUCUCAACAAAAUUAGUUCAAAUUGAUCCCUGCUCAUUUUAAGUUGCUUUAUAUUAGGAUUCUGGUACUGUUUGCAUGCAUUUGUUUGUUUGAUAAUUUGAACAAAGAACGAUAAAUCUUUCUUUCUCUACCUUUUUUUUUCAAAUCUGUUGGUCACCACUUAAGGACUCUUGUCAAAAUUUUAGUUGCUGGAUAUAUUUUUAAGUCACCACAGUCACCAAAAUGGUCACAAUUAACUUGGGACACUCCCCUUGGUGAAUUGGCACCACCAAGUGAUCAAAGAAACAUUUUCCUGUGAAUUUCCAUUUUUUUUAUGUCUUUUAUUUUUGGUAAUCACAAGCGUAAGGCAUUUUUUCUUAACAUGAAAGGAAUACACAGUUAGCACAGGAUCAAUACAGAAUCACAAGAUAAAAAUUACACCUGAUGAAAUGACACCAAAAGCACUAUGAAUAGUUCUGUAUAUUAAGCCCAAUUGAAGCAAAAUGUUUGAGCAUGUAUUUUGAAGAGGUGAUGAAUCAAUAUUCCUAACUUUUGAUCUUGCAUCUUGUAUUUUGAAUCUGUUGUAAGAUAAAAAAUGAGAGAGAUUCAUGAACAAUCAACCAUCAAUCACUAGAUAUUAUGUGAAGUACAACCAGUACAUUCCUGGGAGUAAAAAUUAAUGUUUUUUUUUAAAAGAGGAAUUAUUAAAACAUUUUUCCCUUAAUCAUCAGCUAAUAAUCAAACUCUGUCUAACACUUGUGCUCAUCUCCCCAAAUGAACUUGGCCCUAACUCCUUCCCUAUUAACCUUUGAACUUGUUUGUGAUUCUGUAGAACAAAUCUGGGCACAUUCCAUACAGAGACAGCAAACUGACAAGACUUCUAAAAGAUUCUCUUGGAGGAAACUGCAGAACUGUUAUGAUAGCAGCAGUCAGGUAGACUUGCAGGUUCUUGGUCAGUGGAGGAACAAGUGAAAAACCCUGGCUGUCUUAGAAACAACUGAUUUUCUUUCCCUCAAUACUACCAUAUUUCACUGACUUAAACCCUUUAAUAAUUACCAUUACUGAUAAAUUAUUUGUUAAUAAUGAAUGAUAUAAAAUAUUUUAAUAAUAUUUAAUUCAAAUAAAAUGUUGUAUUGAAAUAAUGUUAUACAAAUAAAUAAUAAAAUAUUAAUAAAUAACAAAAUGAUAACAUUCAUUUGGGGUUAACAUUUUUAUCACUUUUUACAGCCCAUCAGGCCUCAGCUAUGAAGAUACAUAUAACACCUUAAAGUAUGCAGACCGUGCAAUGAACAUAACAUGUAAGGUCGUGAAAAAUGAAGUGUCAGUGGACAUGCAUGUGAGUCGGUAUGCAAAGAUUGUGGAGGAGUUACGACUUGAGGUAAUGCAUUGGUCUCAUUUAACCCUUUAACUCCCAUGAAUGACCAAGAAAGAAUUUCUCCUUACAGUAUCAACACAAUAUCAACCAGAUAAGUGAUGAGAAUAAAGAAAAAUAUCAAUUUGGGGAUAACAAGUUGAUCCAGUACUAAAUUCUCUGAACUAACAUUAUAAGAAUUGUAUGGUUGACAGUAAGAAGAAUUACAAAUUUGAUCUGGGAGUUAAAGGGUUAAAUGCUUGUUAAAAUUGGUUGAACUUUCUCUACUUGUUGCGUUGUUGGAAAUGAAUUGAGAUAAUGUGGUGUGGAAUCCUUGUUUGCCCAGAGCUUGAAAUUAGUUAUACCAUAUUUUUCAGAUCUCUGAGCUUAAAAAGAAGCUUUUUAGUCCUGAAUCAGGACCAGUUUUACCAAUUAAACCUGCAGACUCUACUAAACAGAGGGAAGAAGUGCAAAGGUAAUGAAUUAAUAUCAUUAAAAAAACCUUUUAAUUAGUAGUUGAUAUUAUUUAUUAGUAAUUUACUGCUAACAAAUUAUAGUAUCUCUAAGAGGUUAUACUUUUUUUUAACCCUCUAACUCACAUGAGUGACCAAGACAGAAUUUCUCCUUACAAUAUCAAUACAAUGUCAACCAGAUAAUUGACAAGAAUAAAGAAAAAUAUCAAUUUGGGGACAAUAAGUUGAUUUGAUACUAAAUUCUCUGAACUAACUUUAUAAGAAUUGUAUGAUUGACAGUAAGGAGAAAUACAAAUUUGAUCUGAGAGUUGAAGGGGUUAAAUUAUUUGGCAGAUUAUGCUCAAGCUUAAAGAGUGUCAUGAAAGAGAGAAUGGCAGUACGAAGAAACAUAAUAGACAUUGAGGCAGCUGACAGGGACCUUCAAAUCAGACUGUACAGAAAGGUUUGAAUUUUGUUGAUAUUUAUCAAUAUUGAUAAAAUAAAUAUUUCAACAAAACUUUCUUAUCAUUUGUAUUUAAUUUACUAACCUUAUCUGUCACAAUAAUUCAAUCAAGGUUAUAUUGUACUAUUUCAAGUUAAGAAUUGAACUGUCAAAAUUUAGUUUAAAGACUGAGAUAAAUUGAAUCGAUUUGAACAAUGUACCUAUAUUAAACUAAUUAAUUUGCUUCAAUUCUGCUUCUGCUGAAAAUUUUGACAUCAGACAAGGGUGCAACAGAAUUUCAAGUCAGUCAAGGAUUACCAUGCAUUUUGUAGCCAAUCACCACUCACAAAAAUUAAAUUUAAAAACCUUGAACAUUAAACAUGUAUGUUUCUUGAGAGGUCCACAACAUGACAUAUGAUUUAUAUAUUAAUGAAAAGAGCAGUUACCAAAUAUUUUUCAUUCCGCAUAACUUCAUCUUGUACUUAUUUAGUAGAUCAAUCAAGUUGCCAUUAACAAUGUUUCUCAGCUAUUUUUCAGCUAUUCUUACUACUCAUGUUUUACACAUUUGAUCUAUUCUAGGAACGUUCCUUAAAAAGAAUGCAGUUUGUGUGUGUUGAAGGGCAGAAGCUCAAUGAGGUAUCAAACACUUAAAGCGCACCAAAACUGCUCAUUAAACAUGCUUGUUGCCAACAGAUCUCUAAUGUAAAACUUUGAUUUAGCUAUGGUAAUCAAUCAUCUUCAAGAAUUGAUUCACCGGUAUCUUACUUUAGACUUUACUUCCAUCUUUAUGAAAACAGUUUUGCUUUCAACCAACUAAUGCAGUCCAAAUUUUCCACAAUUAACAAUUUUAUUGUGCCUUGUGAAUUACAUCUAUAUCAACUUUCUGUUAGAUGUACGUGACACCUUGGAAAAAUGCUGGUGCAGUGUUUUCAAGCUUUUGAAACUCCUGCAACAAUCCAAAAUCACAGGCAAUGAGUUGUAUGCAUUACUUGUUUACUAAUUAAAAAUUGGGUAACAACAUUUUGGAAUCAGGAUAAAUUUGAAAUUUAAAUUGUGUUCCAUGCGUUUAUCGCAUUCAGUGAUAAAACAUUAAAGUUGUGCUGGGUGAUCAAUGCUAAACAUUUAAUAUUUGAUAACCUCUCUUUCAUUCCCACUUCACAGGCCUUGUCUAAAGUCGAAACAUGUAUAUCUUCCACUAAAUCCAAGCAAAAAUACCUCGCCUGCAAAAAAUCUGAAUUUGAGGAACAAAUAGCAAAAAACACUAAGUGGUUGGACAGAAUUAAAUCAGAGAUGACACAUCUUGACUCUGACAUGGGUGCAAAAACUCAACUUGAUCAAUGCCAGUCAGAAGCUCAGUCAAAGCUAGAUGAUAUGGAGCUGAGAAGAAACUGUCAGCUUUACAAGAGACACAUUCAUGCUUUAGAAAAAGAUGCUCAGAGUACAGAAAGGUGAGCAUGCCUACACUAGAGAGUAUUGAUAAUGUAAAUCACUAUAAUUAUAAUAUAUUACUGACGGUGACUUUCACUCGGAAAACUGUUGUAAGAAAACUAAUCUCUAACCACUAUUGACAGAUCCUUUACCAACACAAAAUGAUAACUAAAAAUGUAGCAUUUCCUUACCACCUAAUACAUGUAAUUCCUGUAAAUUAAAAGCCAAGGCAUUGUCUUAAAGGGUAGAAACAAGUCAGUAAAAUAAUCACAACAGAAAAAAACAUUUUCCUUGCAAAUCUUCAAAUCCUGAUGAUCGAAUUCCACAUCUAUGUGUAUAGUAUUCCGCACAUUUCAAAUAAAAGUUUGAGUUUUGAUUUUGUAAACAGGUGACACAAUCACUUUUCAGUAAACUAUAUAAAAUAAGUGGCCUUGAAUUUUCUUGUAGUUAGACCAGUCAUUAGUUUAUUACUACAACUGAUGGCAGUGAUUUCCUGUACAGUGACCUUACAUACAGACAUACCUCUCAAAUUUGUUUUGUUUCCAGACUGGUUGAAAAGUUACUAGGAAUGGUACAGAAGCAGUUUUUUGCUCUAAAAGGUGUUGGUCUCACAACCCAGGAGCUGACAGAUGAAUACAACACUAUUAUUGAAACAGUUGAAAAGGGCCGUGAGGUGACAUGGGCUGAUCAAAGCACAUUGAAUGAUAGUAACUGCUUUGAUAAAACAUCAUCUAAUGUAAGCUUUCUGCUGCCAACUGCUGGUGAGUAGGGAACACAAAGAAAGUGUCUAUUAGAUAAAAUUAAUUUAGGAUAUGGUAAAAAAUAUAUUGUAGUGCUACUUGUACAUUAAGUAGCAAGAAAUGUUAUCUAUUAGCAUCGGAUACAAAAGCAUUACUCUCCAGUUUAGAGAAACCUGGCAUACAUUUAAAAGUUUUUAGCUCAGUGAGGUACUUUCCCUGACUUACCUGUACCAAUAUUUUCUUACUAUCUUUGGCAAAGGUUUAAUCUAGAGGUCUCAAAAGUCAAUGGCUAUUAAAAUAACUUACAGUAUUUUUGAUAAACUAUGUAAACUGCCAAGUUCAAACCACAAUCUGCAAAUGACAAAAACAAGUGACAUCUUUCUUAUAACAAUUAUUUCUGUCACAAAAGGAACACCAUUGUCAAGAACACCUAUCAGAAAACGUCAGUUCAACACACCAGUCAGUAAUGUUCAUAGUGACAUGACACCUUGCAGAAGCACUUCUAAACAUCAAAAGAUCAUCACAACCAGUUCUCAACCACCAUUAGAGAAUUCUGAUACUUGCAUUUCUUUGAUGAAAGAGUAUGAGGCAACACAGUCACUAGGAAAAUCAACAAACUCAGUUGGAGGAGGGUUUGAGAGACCCAAGAUGGCUACACCAGGUGUAACCAGUAGCAUUCCAAAGGAUCAAAAACUGGCAACACCUUCACGAGUUCCAUCAGCUUCACCAUUCCUACCUUUAAACAAUAACAACUGUUUAAAGUCACCAGCAAUGUUUUACACCAAGAACAAUGCAAAUGAGCAAUCAACAUCUGCCCCAAGAAAGGCAACUCCCCAUCCCAAAGUUCGUUGGAGUGAAAGUCCUGUCGAAACAAAGUCCUCCUCACCAACAUGUAAUACUGCACAUAACAACUUAGGUAAUAGCACACCUGUAAGAGUCUCUAGAGACUUAAAUCUGUCAGGAAUACAAGCUCUAGAUGAAACUCCAGCAGAUAAAAAUCAACAAAUGGAUGCAAGACAGGUAAUAAGCAUAUAUAUAUUUACUGCACUUUUAAAAUGCCAUGCAAAUUACAGAUAUGAAAAUAACAUUAUGUACUGUAGUCAGUCAUGUUGUGGACCUCUGAAAAAGAUGCUGCUCUUGAGUUGUGAUCCACACAUUUUCAUUUUGUUUUGGUUUCUGCUCUUAAUUUUCUGUUAUGACAUUGACUUAUGAGCAGAAGUCAUCAUCAGAGUCAAGGAGAGUCAAGAGUCAUCAGAGUCACUUGACUCUGACGAUGACUUCCGCUCAGGUUGUCGAAACGUCAGUCACCACUACCGACAACAGUUCUUCUCAGGACUACACUCACCCAAAUGAUUAAACUACACUAUUACAUGUUACCCCCAGGUUCAAACCAUUUACUGUAUAAAAUGUAUUUACUUCCUUUUCCUGGCCACAAUAACUUUCUUACUUUCUUGGUUUAGAGGAGAACUGAGACUUGAGAGUUGUCUUACAGAGACAAUGCUCUUUAAUUCAAAAUUUUCUUUAUGUCAUUAUUGUUUUCUUACAGAUUACACCACUUCCAUCAAGAAGCAAUACAACACCUCUCAAAGAACUGUCAAUAAAUACAGUAAACAAUCUGAAAGAUCAGUUGCCAUCUGUGCUGAGUCAAAGUGAUCUUUUGAAAAAAGGUAAAGGUUUAUCAAGGCUGUAUUUUAGAGCUACCAUUGAAUCUGUCACAGGCACUGAGUCCUACAUACCAUAUCAGAACUUUUCAAACUCUUGUCUUGGAUGAAAACAGAAUAGCUUUUAAUUACUGGCCUAGUAAGUUACAUAAACCUUCGAGAAAUGAGUCUCAGGUCCUCAAUGUGUGGUAUCUAAUUUCUUACACAGAAAAAUCAAACAGCAGCCAGGAAGUGAAAGACAUGCUGCCAAAGAGGUCAGUUGAAAAACACCAUGCUUUGUAUCAGUAUGGUCCUUCCAACAAUAUUAUGAAUUUUGCAUUGAAAGCAAAUUUCUUGUGGUUGAAAUACUCGACUCUAGAGUGGAGGAAAAAUUGGGAUCCCUUAUAUCCAACAUCUCUUGAUUUCACUAUUCUUCAUAGCAUAUGCAAAAAAGUAUUCAUAUUCAUUUUCAACAUGUACAACUGAGAGGGUUGCAAGAACAGUGACUGCAGGAUAACCUCUGUCUUCUCUAUUAACACCUUAACAUCAGUAUGUACUUUCUCAAUACUGCACUCUAUACAUUUCCUAAGGUGCUGACAAGGAGAAGUUCUAAAACAAUCAAGAGCUUCUUUAGUAUGUGAUCACUUCCUUUAUUCCCUUAACCUUAAUGAGGGAUUCAGUGGUGGUAUUGUAAGGAGAAAUUAGAUGCUAGUCACCCCAAGGGAGUCAAAAGGUUCACUAUUAGUCCCAACUAUUGAAAAACACUUUUUUUCAGAGUUUUCAGUUCCACAAAAGAGAAUGUCCAAGCACUCAGAGGACCAUCAAGAUCAUCUAGCGCUUUGCAGCUGGACAAGGUUACAUUCUAAGAAAGUCAAGAAACACUUCAAUGGACUGAGAAGGGCAAUGAGCAGCACCUCAAUUGGAACAAGCAGAAACUUUGCACCACGUACAUCGUAAGUGAUUCAUAGGACUGGUACAGUCUAUGUAGCUCAUGACAAGUAUUUCAGGGACUAAGGCUUUCCAUUUUUUAAAAGCCCCAAAUCACUUUGAAAUAUUUUGUUCCACUAACCAAUUGGAAUACUUUGAAUGGCAAAGAAGUUCUAUUCAUAAACUUUUCGCCUCACAGCAGUUUACAAAAAAAUGGAAAGCUCCAAAAAAGGUGUCUUUGCUUAAAACAAAUUCAUACUGGUGAACAAUCACUAGUUCAUUGAUAAAGGUGCUAUGAAAAAAUUACAGGUCAAAUAUCUUGCUUCUCCAGCAAGACUUCAGAGUUGUUAGUAUAAGAUUAGUUAACCCUUUAACUCCCAAAAGUGAUCAACAUGCAACUUCUCCCUGAAAUAUCUGUACACUUUUCAGCAAACACGUGAUGAGAAUGUUCAAACUUAUCUGGUAGAAUUUGUUGUAAUGAUUUUACACCAAAUUCUCAUUACUAAUCUACAAGGGAAUGUGUAGCAGCUGGAGGGGAGAAUUAAUAGUCAGAUCUUGGGAGUUAAAGACCGGGUUAAUUCAUAAUUUUGUUUUGCAACUAUUUUUCUAGAGCCAUUUACCAGAACUUACCAAAAACAAAGAUUUGAUUAAAAUGUUAGAGGGCAUGUUGAAACAGGUGUGUGACACAAUAAAACCUGGUAUUCUUUCCAAAGUCAUGAAAUGCUAUCUCCUAGUGAUCAGCAGCUAGUUGUUAAAGGGAAGACUAGGCCAGCAUAUUCAAGGCUGACCAUAAAUUAUCCUGUUUGGUUUUUGGAAAAGAAGCAUUACUAUCACAUUCAACUCUCCUUGUCAUUAACCAUUAGGCCCAGUUGUUGAAAAGGGCAGAUAAAUCGCUAUCCAGUGGUUAAGUGUUAACCAGAAUGUACUGCCCUGUACACUAAAUAGGGAUUUAUCCAGUGGAAAGCAUUAUCCACCCUUGAAACAACCUGUGCCAGGAGUAUAAAUUAUGUGGCAUCUCUUUUAUGUGACAGAAAACUGAAAAAAAAAAUGCAUGUUGAGUGAGCAUGCAAUUGACUACAAUUCUGCAACUAAUCUGAUUGUUUUGAGAUGACACUAAUACAUUAACUACAAAUGUAUUGGGCCCAUUGAACUGGGCCUUUCAUGGAAAGGUUUUAAAGUUUAGUAGGUAGGAAUUCCAAACAGCUGUCACAACAUGUAUCCGAAGCUUUGAAACUCUUACAGUAUUUAUUUAGCUUACAGUGCGAAGCAACAUGAAACACAAUAAGGACAAAGAUAUAUUAUUAGAAAAUUAUCCACUUGAUAAUUAUAACAUUUGCAGCUCAGUUUAAAAACAAUCCAUCAAGUAUUCAAACUAAAUUGUAUGAACUGUAGUUGCAUGUUUUUAGCCCAAACAUGUCUAUGAUUAUCCAUUGAUUUCACCCUUCAGGCCAAAAAAAGGGAGUUCAAGAUCUUUCACAGAGAGACCAAGAUGGCAGUAAAAUUAAUUCAGCACAACAAAAAUAGUACUUAUCAGCAAUGACGAUGAUCAUUCUUGACUAUAAUUUGGAUGUAUGUAUAUAACCUUGGUUUUACAAAUGCAGCUGUAAUUUAAA